CUCUCAUUUUGUUUAGUACACCCACAGACACACACACGGCGACGCACAAUAUUCCAAUCCUUAGCAGCCUGAGGGACGCACAGAGAGCAGAAAACCAGCUAAACCAGAUAAUACCGACUGGAAAAGAUCUGAACUACACCACAGAUGGGGCCUGGAUUGUUUUGGAACUUCCCUCCCAAGGCUGGCUGCACGGUUCCACAGAGCCUCCUGCAGACCAUGUUGCUGUCCAGGAUGGCGGGGAUGAAGGAGCAGCAGUUCACCGAGGAGAAGCCCCUGCUGCCGGAGCAGCGAGGAGUGGACUCAGACAUGCAGGAUAAAGGAGGGGAGGCAUCAGGGGGGUUACCGCGCCCCGCCAGCCCCGCGCCCCUUAACCCCCCUCCUCCCCCCAGCCGCCCCACUCACCGCUGGCAUGUCAUGGCACGGCACUGGCUCCGCCAGACCCGCCGUCGGACCAGCGGGGUCCUCCCGGAAAGCUGUGAACAGCUGAUGCCGGCAGGGGAUUGGAAGGAACAUGAUAUCGAGACCCCUUAUGGGAUGCUGCACGUGGUGAUCCGCGGGGCACCCAAAGGAAACAAGCCUGCAAUCCUCACCUACCACGAUGUGGGACUGAACCACAAGCUGUGCUUCAACUCUUUCUUCAGUAAUGAGGAUAUGCAGGAGAUCACUAAGCACUUUGUGGUGUGUCACGUCGACGCCCCGGGACAACAGAUUGGAGCAUCACAAUUGCCACAGGGGUACCAGUACCCCACCAUGGACCAGUUGGCCGCGAUGCUGCCCACUGUGGUGCAGCACUUUGGAUUUAAGAGCAUCGUUGGGAUCGGAGUUGGAGCUGGAGCUUACAUUCUGGCCAAGUUUGCUCUGAUCUUUCCUGACAUGGUGGAGGGUUUGGUUCUGCUCAACAUCGACCCCAACGGCAAAGGCUGGAUUGACUGGGCUGCCACCAAGCUGUCAGGUCUGACCAGCGCUCUGCCAGAUACUGUGCUGCCACAUCUUUUCAGCCAGGAGGAGCUGAUGAACAACACAGAGCUGGUGCAGAGCUACCGGCAACAGAUUAACAACACCGUCAACCAGUUCAACCUGCAGCUUUUCUGGAACAUGUACAACAGCCGGAGGGACCUGGAAAUGAAUCGCAGUGGGACGGUGCUCAAUGCCAAGACUCUGAAGUGUCCUGCGAUGCUGGUUGUGGGAGACAACGCCCCGGCUGAGGAGGGAGUGGUGGAGUGCAAUUCCAAACUGGACCCAACCAACACCACCUUCCUGAAGAUGGCUGACUCUGGUGGACUUCCCCAGCUAACACAGCCCGGGAAGCUGACCGAAGCCUUCAAGUAUUUCCUGCAGGGAAUGGGCUACAUCGCUUAUGUGAAGGAUCGGAGGUUGAGUGGAGGGCCAGUGCCCUCCGCCAGUAUGACCCGCCUGGCUCGUUCCAGGACGGCCUCCCUGACCAGCGCCAGCUCCAUCGAUGGGUCCCGCUCUCGGGCCUGCACCCAUUCCGACAGCACCGAGGGAGUCGGCCCGGUCACCCACACCAUGGAGGUGUCCUGCUGAGGAGUCGGCCAGACCUAGAAAGAGGGAGGGGGUGGAGGGAUGGAGAGGGAAAGAGCAAGACGGAUGAUGGCCAAGAAAUGACGGGGGAGGGGUAUGAGGAAAAUGUGAAGGAUAGAAGGUGUGACUACUGCUGUGUCUCAAAUCGCCCACACCAAGCUACAGCCUCCCACCAAUAUUUCUUUCAAACUUGUGAAAAUGGCGGGCGAGGAAAAUGCAGCGGUCACGAUUGAAACAUGCGAACACCAAACUUUACAAAUGUACUUCAUACACUUGUUUAUUCAGUAAGUACCACUAUUCUAUAUUCAGAUAGUGAUGAAGCAAGCCGCAAUAUAUUUUGGCAGCUGACAAUAGGUGGCGGUAAUGCUCUGCCCGGCUGCAAUUUACCAUUAAAAAGAAAAGGUAGAGGCAUUUUCGAUCAGUGCAUAACAGCCAUGCACGAUUUGAGACAACACUACCCUGUCAAAAUGUACGCACUACACAAGUAAAUACAUAGUGUACUCAUGGGAGUAUCCGAUUUGAGACACACCUUAACUCUCCGUAGUCAGACAUGGUAGAUUGUAGAACGAGACGGCAACAGGAAGGAAAGUUCAUGAACAAGGUGGAGACAGCUCUCUCUUUGCUUCAUCUAUUUCAUCUGGAUCCCUUUGUCUGCCAUCUUUUCCCUCCUCCACUGUAAAAUAACAUAUGUGUUGCUACUAAGACCCCCGUCGCCCAGCACUUAAACGAUUUAGGCAACUGUUUUUGUUCUUGCAGUGUUAUUCUUGUGUUUGCUGUCUCCUUUUUCUUUGCCUGCACCCCCACCACCCACGACUCCACAGAAAAGGACGUAACGCUGUCUGUCAGCUGUCAAGACAGCCAUAUAUGAUAUGAGCUGCUGUUAAUAAUUUAAUUUGGAAAUCGGUCAGAGAAGAUGAAAGUGUGGGCAAGGAAAACACAACCUUUAGGUGGUACCUUAAUGAAAAAGUGUUAUGCAUCAGUAUUUUUGCAAGCAGUUUAUUAUUUUGUUGUUGUAUGGACAAAAUGUGAGUAUCUCUCUAACUGUUGUUUUCGAAGAGAUGGUUUCUUCUCUGUGUGACUGGUGAGGGUCAGAGGGUGUGUCCAGAAUUUGAAAGACAACAGAGCACAGCCCAUCGUAGCCGAGUGCACCUGUAGUGCUUAGAGAGGAUUUGGUAGCUUUUUUUUAGUCUAAGAGCAUAGCUAGCUAUAGUACACUACGCUGAUUUAAAGCUGCACUUGGUAAGAUUUUAUGUCAAACUUGUAAACUACACUUUGAAUGCAAAAAAAGUGAUAUAAUCUGCAUACAUGCGUUUCAGGCCGCAAGUCAUUAGCGAACUGAGACCUAGCCACUACACCACCAGGGACCUUAGCUGGCACAAAUGUGCACCUCCAUCCAUUUUUAUUGCUUUUCCCAUGAUAAUGUGUAUGUGAUAUGGCCAAAGUACAACCAGAUUUGUGUUUGAAUAAUCUUAAUGAUGAGCAACUUACAGAAAAGAUAAUGAAAAAGGCACCAUGAGAUGAAGAGUUUAUUUUACAAUAUGUGUAAAUAGCAUGUAAUCUGUGAUAUCAUCAUAUUCAUAUUCAUAUUCUUGUGUUUGUUAUAUCACUUCUCUGCCAUGGAGAAAAGAAGAAGAAUUAAACUGUCUCCUAAGAGGCACUUAUCCACAGACAGCUUUAUUCCAUUAGGUUUGAUUCUGUAUAGAGCAUCA